UAUGGUCAGAGUCAUGCUUAUAUACUCGCUUGCCAGCAACCAUCCAAGUCACGCGAUGAAAACAUACAGCAACUAUAUACAUAAGUCUGUAUUGUGAUUGUACAUAUGUUCGCGCUUGCGGACACUGCGAACUACUAGGUGUACUUUUAUUUAGGAGGCGACUGAUCUUAACCUCUAAACGAUUGUCAGCAAAAAGUUUUUAUUUCUGUAAUUUAAUUAUAAUUUGAUUGUCUAUUUUAAACUUUUUGACAAAUGGAAGAAAUCGAGGAGGGUCAGUUCAGCGAUGCUGAUGAAAAUGACUUAAGACCAAACACACGAAAAGGUCAACCAAUUUUUCAUAACAUAUUACAUGAGAAACUAAUCAAAGUCAAUUUAAAUUCUGAUGAUGAUGAACCUGAUGAUACUGAUGAUGAAUAUAAGUAUGAUUGGAAUAGCAGAGAUGAAGGAAUUGGACAGAAACAUAGAUUCAAAGUCAAUUCACAAACUAGAAAUUUUCAAGGAUGUUCUACCAAAGUUGCAACAUUUCAGCCAUCAGAUAAAUUAUUUCAAAGAUAUGCAAAUAAAAUAAACAUAGAAGAUUAUGAGUCAUCUCUAAAACAAAAUGUUACAAAUGUUUUGAAUGAAAAAACUAGAAGUAUGGAAAAUAAUAGAAUAAGAGUGAAAGAUAAAAGUGAUCGUGCUACUGCUGAACAAGUUAUGGAUCCUCGAACUAGAGCUAUUUUAGCAAAAAUGGUAAAUAAGGGUAUUAUAGGUCAAAUAAAUGGUUGUAUCUCAAGUGGAAAAGAAGCUAAUGUUUAUCAUGCAAGAUCCAAAAAUGGAAAAGAAUUUGCAAUAAAAAUCUACAAGACCUCCAUAUUAGUUUUCAAAGAUAGAGAUAAAUAUGUUACUGGAGAAUUUCGUUUUCGACGUGGUUAUUGUCGAAGUAAUCCUAGAAAAAUGGUUCGCACAUGGGCUGAAAAAGAGAUGCGAAAUUUGAAUCGCCUACAGCAAGCAGGAAUCAAAGCACCAAAACCAAUUAUGUUGAAGAGUCAUGUUCUACUGAUGGAUUUCAUUGGUACCAAGGGUUGGCCAUCUCCAAAAUUAAAAGAUGUCUUGUUAGAGCCUUCAGAACCUAGAAAACUUUACAGAGAAUGUGUGGAAAUCAUGUGGAAACUUUAUAAUAAAUGUAGAUUGGUCCAUGCUGAUUUGAGUGAAUAUAAUAUUCUUUAUCAUGAAGAAUCUCUUGUGAUAAUUGAUGUAUCCCAAUCUGUUGAGCAUGAUCACCCAAUGGCUUUUGAAUUUUUAAGAAAAGAUUGUACAAAUAUCACUGAAUUCUUCAAGAAGAAUAAAGUGGCUGUGAUGUCAGUUAAAGCCUUAUUUGAUUUUAUUACUGAUCCAACUGUAAAUGAGAAAAAUAUUGAUGAAUAUCUGGAUAAAAUGUCACAGAUGAUGGAAGGCCAAUCUAUUGAAUUGAAUCCAGAGCAGCAGAUUGAUGAAGAAGUAUUCAAAAAUGCUUACAUACCACAGAGAUUGGACAAGGUAAUAAAUAUUGAAAGAGAUAUUAAGUUGGCAAAAUCUGGAAAACAUGAUCUUGUUUACAAAACAUUAGUUGGAUUAAAAGCAGAUUUAUCAGAGCCAGCUUUAGUUCCUGAAAUUUUAUCUGGAAAACCUCAUGGUAAAAGAGUGAAAUUUUAUAAGAGAAUUAUUGAACCAAAAUAUGAUGAAUAUGAUUUAGAGACUAAUGAUGAAGAUUCAGAUGAGAGUAUUUCAGAUAAUAGUUAUGAAGGAAUUGAAAGUAACAGUGGAGAGGAAGGUGAAAACGAAAAAGAAUCUAAAUUCGUAAAUUCAGCUCGUCCUAAACACGAAACUAAAGAAGAAAAGAAGGCUAGGAAAAAAGCCUUGAAGGAAGUACGAGCACAAAAUAGACAAUUAAAAAUGAAAAAACAUACAAAGAAGCGGAAAACGAAAGCUUAUAAGAAAAAAUAAAUGUUAAAUGUGGCAAAUGUAAUUAUUGUAAUUAAUUAUGUAUUUUAUUUUUUCUGCUAGACAAUUAUGGCCAGAUAUCUGUAAAUUUAUACAUUGGUAUAUUUUGAUAUUUGUGAAUGAGAACGUAUUUUGUCCUCAUGUAGAUAUAUCACACGAGAGUGAAAUUGUUUGUUCUGCCGAUUUAUCGAAUUCUAAUUUUUGAUAUAAGUGCAAAAUAAGUUUUUAAUCGUAAAUCAAAUUUUUGUGAACGAGGUAUAGAUAAAAUUAAUAAUCUAUAUAAUGAACUGUACAUUUUUACUCUAAAAAUCGUUUUUAAGUAAAUUAGUACUUUUUUCAAAAUUAAUAUACGAUUCGUCGUGACCAUAUGUACGCAUAUUCAUGACUAAUUCAGGCCGUCAUAAUAUAUUUGCGCAAAAUAUUUUUGAAAUAAUUAAUGAAAUCUGAAAUGUUUUAAUUGACACGUUAGUAAGAGUAUGUGUUAUAAAGAAAAUCAGAAUAAUAAUAAUAAUGGCCAAAUAAACGU